GCAUAUUACUCGCAUUAUUACCGGGUCCGAAUUGGUGAUUACGACACGGGGUGGAGACUGAUGACUACGAAUUAGUGGAUGACGUUUUUGAAACAGUCCCGUUCGACACUUCCAGUGCCUCAAAAAAACCCAAAAACAAAGACAAUUCCUAUUGAUCUUGCUCAUCUACACGCACCCAAUUCACAUACAAAUUUUCUCCUCCAAAAUUAAUGCAAAAUCAAUUCAAAUUUUUAGUCUUCCACUUCAACCUUCAUCAUCAUUUCAAAUCCCUUGAAAUUUUGAAACAAUUUUACAGAAAUGUUACUGAAAUUAUCACUUAAACAGUACACAGUGCUUGCAAUUCCAGUGCAACCUCCGCCAUUAAAGCUAACCCACCAUGGAUUUUACUGUUGUAAGAUCAGAUCAUCUGCAAAUGAUUCUACAGACCGGAAAUUACCCUUUAAAUUCCCGAUUCAAUGGAGGGAUCCCAAGUGGAAACUUAGUGAUUUCGACCCCGAUACUGUGAAGAAAAGUUUGAAUACAUUGCUAUCAAGAACCCAGAACUUCUUAAAUGAAGCGACUUCUCUGUAUGUUAAAUCUGGAAAGCUUGAUGACGACAAUGAUGUUGAUCAUUAUGAUGGUGAAAAUAUACUCAUCGGAGAAAUGACUCUUCAGAGUGAAAUGCUUGAUGGAAAUCUUUCUUUAGCUGCUGUUGUUUCAAUUGAACAAUUCAGUCGGAUGAAUGGAUUGACUGGGAAGAAAAUGCAAAAGUUAUUUGAAGCUCUUGUGCCCAAAUCUGUGCACAAGGAUGCCCGGAAUCUGGUCGAGUAUUGCUGCUUUAGGUUUUUGUCGAGGGAUAAUUCUGAUAUUCAUCCUUGCCUUCAGGAGCUUGCCUUCCGGAGGCUGAUAUUCAUUACUAUGCUUGCUUGGGAAGAACCUCAAAGACUAGAAAAUGAUUCAUAUCCUGAUGGUUCUGAAGCAGCAUCAUUACAGACAAGGCUUGUCAGAGAAGAAGCCUUUGUUCGCAUUGCACCUGCUAUCUCCGGUGUAGCUGAUCGAGCAACUGUGCAUAAUAUCUACAAGGCUCUUUCGGGUGAUAAAGGAGGAAUUUCUUUCAGCGUUUGGUCCUCUUACAUCAAUGGGCUUUUUAAAGUACACAAAGACAGGACUUCCUAUAAGCCUCAACUUCCCCACACUCCAUCCGAACAAGUCUUGUGUGUGGGUUUUAGCAGGAAGCAGCCAAUUCUGAAAUGGGAGGACAACAUGGCAUGGCCAGGAAAACUGACUUUGACAGAAAGAGCCAUCUAUUUUGAGCCAAUUGACUUUUUUAAGAACAAAAAAGUUGAGAGAUUGGAUAUUACGGGACACGGGGCUGAGGUGAAGCAGACUAAAGUUGGUUUAUUUGGAUCGGUGCUCUUUGACUCAGCUGUCUCUAUUUCUUCUGGUGAAAAGAAAUAUAAACCGUGGGUGUUGGAGUUUAUUGAUCUUGGAGGUGAAAUGAGGCGAGAUGUUUGGCAUGCAUCUAUAAAUGAAGUUAUUGCUUUUCACAAGUUUGUGCGUGAAUAUGGACCCCAAGAACACGAUUCAGUUUCUCAUGUUUAUGGUGCUGAUAAGGGAAAUGAAAGAGCUAAAAGAGAGGCUGUUAAUAGUAUCUCUAGACUUCAAUCUCUUCAGUCUAUCAGGAAGCUAUUGGAUGAGCCUUUGAAACUUCUUCAGUUCUCAUAUUUGCAGUAUGCUCCAUAUGGAGAUGUUGUUUCCCAAACUCUUGCUCUUAACUAUUGGGGUGGACCAUUGGUUUCAAAAUUUAGGAAGGUAAGAAACUACAGUAAGAAGUCUAGGUCCCUGGAUGAGGCUUAUGAAGACCAUGUAUAUGAUGUAGAUGGAAGUGUGUACUUGAGCCAGUGGAUGAAAUCUCCAACCUGGGCUUCUAAUAAUUCAAUUUCCUUUUGGAGAAAUGCACCUCUAAAGCAGGGAGUAGUGUUGAGCAAAAAUAUUAUCGUGGGAGGUGCUUCCUUGACAGAAAGGGCGGCGAGAAUAUGCAGGGAAAAAAGUAAAGUUAUUGAAAAAACGCAGGCCACCAUUGAUGCUGCUACCUUGGAAGGGAUACCAAGUAACAUUGACCUUUUUAAGGAACUUGUUUUCCCUCUAACUAUUAUGGCUAGAAAUUUUGAAAAGCUAAGACACUGGGAGAAUCCAUUCUUGACAAUCUCGGUUCUUGGACUUGCAUAUGCUAUCAUAUUCAGAAAUCUGCUAGCAUAUGUUUUUCCUACAACAUUGAUGGUAGCAGCUGGGAUUAUGCUAUCAUUGAAGGCCCUAAGGGAGCAAGGUCGACUUGGAAGAUCCUUUGGGAAUGUUACAAUUCGUGACCAGCCACAUUCUAACACUGUUCAGCAGAUCAUAGCACUUAAGAAGGCCAUGCGUGAUAUGGAGAACUUUCUUCAAAAUGUUAAUGUCACACUUCUAAAAAUACGUACUAUUAUCCUUUCUGGUCAGCCUCAGAUAACCAAUGAAGUCGCACUAGUUUUGUUAUCGUCUGCAACGAUCCUGUUUAUCGUUCCUUUUAAAUACAUUCUUUCCUUCUUUAUAUUUGAUCUUUUCACUCGUGAACUGGAAUUUCGGAAGGAAAUGGUAUUAAGGUUCAGAAAACUUCUGAAAGAUCGCUGGCAAACUGUGCCUGCGGCUCCAGUGACAGUAUUACCCUUUGAGAAUGAUCAAAACAAGGAAACCAAAGAAGAAGAGUUGCAAGAGAAAUCAGAGUGAAGAUGCUCAUUAUGCAGUCGGAUAUACUGGAGCUGGUGAUUGUGCUGGUGGAUCAUUAUAAGCAUAACCACAAACUGCAAAACAAACUUUCUCAAAAGUUGUGGAAAAGUUUGCUGUCUCCUUACUUGCUCAUAGAGCAGUACUCAUAAGUCUUGGACUUGAUUACAACUUACAAAAUCAGAUACUUCGGCAGGAUAUUGAUUCUUUUCUAUCCUGCUCAACAUCAAGCUCUGCUGGAAAAUUGUCCUCGAGUCUCCAUCCCAUCCAUCCCAACCAGCUGUGCUGCAGAUUUCUUCCUCUAAUGUGAGGCAAUGGCCAUUGGUAAGCAGAAACCCCUGAUGAGGCUGAUAUUCAUCCCCUGAUGAGGCUGAUAUUCAUUGAAGUCUGGUGUUCCCAAAGUGAACCUGCCUGUGUUGCUGGUUUUACUCAGGUCCCUAGCAUAUGGGGAAAAUGCCACAGAUUCCAUUACUAGUGGGGUCCAACAAACAGCUUGCUCGACCUCGAAUCUCAGUGGCCCCAUCCAGGUGUAGCGGUGAAAUUGGCAAUUGUCAUGGUUCCAAAACCAAAACUCGGACUUCUAACUUUCAACUUCAUUAUUUCUGGGCAUAAGGUCUCUAUGCAGUAGUCUACAAUUGUGAAAUUGCUGCAUUCUGAGACCUGUGCACCUGUUUAGCAUAACCUCAAGUUUUUAGGACACUUGUUUCAUAUUGUGAUAGCUUGUAAAUUUUGCAUAAAAUAUCUCCGGGAUGGUAGUGAAAAAAGAAGCGAAUGUUAUGAGAUCAUUACAUGAUUGUGAAUA